UUUAUUGUAUUGAUGUCUGUUUUUUUUUGCUUAGUGUGUACGUUCAUUCUGCUAUCUCCAAUUGGCGAACAUGUAUACACUCAAUAAAACUCAAAGACUCUGUCCUCAGUAUCGUUCAUGUCAAGGGUAGAGUCUUGGUGGCACUUGCUGAUGGCACCGUUGCAAUAUUUCACAGAGCAUCAGAUGGCCAGUGGAACUUCAGUAACUACCAUCUCCUUGACCUUGGUCGGCCUCACCAUUCUAUACGCUGUAUGACUAUGGUCCAUGAUAGGGUGUGGUGUGGCUACAGGAACAAGAUACAGGUCAUACAUCCUAGGACAAUGCGCGUUGAGAAAACAUUUGACGCUCAUCCACGUCGAGAAAGUCAAGUGCGACAGUUAGCAUGGAUUGGUGAUGGUGUAUGGGUUUCUAUCAGGCUGGACAGUACCUUGAGAUUGUAUAAUGCCCACACAUUUCAUCAUCUACAGGAUAUUGAUAUUGAACCAUAUGUUAGCAAGAUGUUAGGUACUGGGAAACUUGGUUUUUCGUUUGUAAGAAUUACCUCUUUACUGCUGACAAACGAUCGUCUCUGGGUUGGAACAGGAAAUGGAGUUAUUUUGUCAGUUCCACUCGUUGCUGCAAGGCCUGCAAGGGACGAAGGAGAUCACAUCACAAGUAGCCCUGGUACGGGGGGACCUGGUGGUGCCGUAAGAGUCUACAGCAACGAAGGGAAAGAUGGAGAAACUGCACCUGGCACUGGAAGUUUCAUGCCGUAUUGCUCAAUGGUCAAUGCUCAAUUAUCAUUCCACGGACAUAGAGACUCUGUAAAAUUCUUUGUCGCCGUCCCAGGCUCCAUGAAACGUGCAACGGUUAGUUCUUCUGUUAGUACCCAGACCCAAACAGGAAGCAAACCAUCAAGUCCCGCACAAUCUCAGACUCCAAGCCCCGAGAAGAAACUUCAAGAAAUGACGCUAGUAUUGAGUGGAGGAGAAGGAUACGUAGACUUCCGUUUGGGAGAUGGAGAGGAAGUGGCGAUGGAGGAUCAAGCAGGGGAUUUGAUAUCAGUAACUAUCAAAGGCCAGUCAACAAAUGAGCGCAGUCAUAUUAUGGUCUGGCAGGUAGCAUGAAAUAAUGAAUUAUCUACUCUUCUUUUCAAGAAGGUUUCCAAAGCGAAAUCCUAAGGCCAAGGUUCUACGCCGAGCUUCACAUAUGUCGAAUACAAUUCACGAAUGAAAUGCGAGUUGUAAUGUAUAAAUCAAUUUUAUUCGAUAGCUUUUACGACUUAACGUCGAAGAAAAGCCAAUGGCAUGGUAGUUGGUUUAUACGUCGUAUCUCACUUGUGCCAAUAUGUAACAAAUGCUUCGUAUGAAAAAUCCGCCAUAUUGGAAAACAAAGUGACCAAGAAAGGAUUUGGGUUUCAUAUUCGACGUCUAAAUCAAAUGCUUAAUUAAUGUAUUUUUUUAUUGUAGUUGGCUAAAAAAUGAAUUGUAUGCGGCAUAUUUGAAGUCCUGCGUAUAACGUAGACCUGUAGGAUAUUCAGUAUGAUUGGGUGUUCAAUUGUUACUGAAGCAUGUUUAAAACAAUGUCUAUUCAUUCAAUUAUUUUUCAAUUCUAUUCAUUUGUAAUUUAGCGAAUCACCAUGACUUUUGGUUGAUUAGUUWACAUCAAUUAGCUCGUAUAAAUUCAGUGAAGAAGGCAAAUUUUAUUUCGGCACUCAACACAAAAUGUCUAAAGUAUGAGCCUGUUAUUGACCUGCAUGUUUAAGAACCCCGACACGUUGAUUCAAUCAUAUAAUGGUAUAGAGUGCGUGACAUACAACGUGUGAUAUUAAACUAGUCCAUAAAAGUAACAGUGUUAAGAACAAUACUACCRACACUUGUACCUCGCUGUUUACUCUCGAGCGAACACAAAAUUUCACGACUACCGAACGUUACCUCGAAGAGCUGCCGAAAUCGCGGGUUGUAAGGCGAGAGAGACUUGUGGUAAAAGACAAGCGCUUGUCUAUCAUUCAGUGCAUCACGUAUGGCGUGAAAUUAGUAAGUAAAGCUUGUAUAUGCGUGAGAAAAUAUGAAAAAUUGAAAAGGCUAAUUCAUGAAAUUGAAAAAGAGUAUUUCAAGUUCCUCGCGUUUCUAACCGGUGGUUUCGGCAACAACGGGAUUAACGCUCGGYUACUGGGAAAUUUCGUGAGACUUGGACGUAACAGACGUUUCUUUUUUAGAGUUGUUUUCAUAAACCCUUGAAACAAACCGUUAGAGGAAAAGUGUAGUAAAGUUCACUGAAAAAGAAAAAAAAAAUCAAAAGAAAGAACAAUAAAGUGUAGCAUGCACACUGUCUAA